UGCCAUUCUUACUGUUCUGUCAUUGCCUUUGCAAAUGAAAACAUGGUGUCCUGGGAGUGGCUCUCAAUAGUAAAAUUUUUAUAAUUUUUUUCACAACUUUUCCCCAUACAUAUUGUCAAUUGUUGCAAGUGAAUUGUGGUGUACAAAAAACGACUUCUUUGAAUUUUUCUGCCCAAGAAAAUCGUGUUAGUACCGUGUGGGGCUAAAAUAGUCGUCAAGUGGGGAAUUUGCCCUUGAUUGAUGGUGGAAAAGAUUUCGUCGAUUUGAGAGUGAAUUUUGCCGAGGAAAUAUUUCUUCUAUUUAAUUUCUGUGUGAAAUAGUCAAUGUGAAAAGGAAAAACUUUAUUUUUCUGCUAGAAAAAAGAAGACAUUUUUGUAGUAUUCGGGACUUCAUUGCAACUGACGUCUUGAAGGAAAAAAAAAACUUGAUAAACCGUAGUGAGUUUUUCUUUUCGUUACAACCGGAAACUUAUAAGCGCGAGAGAGAGAGAGAAAGGUGGCAAAAGUCGAUAACGCUACUUGGGAGGUGUGGAGAAAGAACUAAAUUAAAAAAAAUAAAAGAAAAGAAAAAAAAGUGAAGGAAAACUCACAUUUUUUUUUAAAUAAAAAAAAGUGAUUUUUUGGUUUUUACUUUUGACAUUUUAUGGACAACCCUGAAAGAUUUUUUUUAUUGCUUUGAGAAGUGAAGGAGUUUGGCGAAAUAUAUAUAAUUUACUAUAGAUAUAUAGCAUACACAGCAUAUAUAUUUCUUUAAGCUUUUUGCAUUCUUUCUUUAUUUAAUUAAAUAAAAAAAAAAUCCGUCAAAUCAGAUGAAAUUGAUGAUUUUUCAUUAGAUGUCUGUAUAAACUUUUUUUUCCUUCUGACACUUUAUAAAUAGAAAUUAUUUAUAAAAGCCAACAUUGACUUUAUUCAUACAGACACGACUUUUUUAUUAUACGCGCUUCUCUCAUCCACAAAGCACAUAAACUAGCAUGCAAAUAUAAGGAGAAAAAACGCAGCGAAUUCCACUUCUUAAAGAAGAGAUUAUAACAGAGGGAAUAUAAAUAAUAAUAAUAAAAAAAAUUUAAAGACCUAAUAGAAAAAACUCCAACACUUUACUCGACAAUGGACUUUUUUGAUUGAAUAAGUUUUUUUUGUUGUUGUUGUUGCUGCUUUGAAAGAAAAGAAGAAAAAACGUGUGAGAUCUUGAAAGAAAAAAAAAAGAAAAGAAAAAAAAACACGAGAAACAAUAAUCUUUUGGUGGUGGCUUUCGAGGAAUGGUAGUAAUUUUGGACGGAAAGAAGAGCAAUUAUAAAAUGAUGAGCAGUACAACUGCAGCUCCUAGAUCGGCAUACCCUGGAGGUCCACCGCCAUCUUCUGCCCUGAAAGGGGGUCAGAGACCCGCCAUGACUAGUCCAGCCGGCGGUAUCGCUGGAACUCCAUACCGAGGGGCAAGUUGGACGGCGCAAGGAUAUGCUCCUGCCCAGCAAGCGUACAGAUAUUCAGCACCACUUCCGCAACCUGCAUACGCAGCAUACACACCACACACAACCACGUACGGACAGCGAGUUCCGACAGCUGCAUCGCCUAGUAAUACCAACUCAAGCAGCUCAUCCAACACAGGAUCCCAAAGUGGAACCCUAAGUACUAGUCUGAGUAAUACGAAUACAAAUAACACAAUGGGUCCCAAUGGCACACCCCAAGUGCAGGAACAACUGUCCAAGACUAAUUUAUACAUUCGUGGACUUCAGCAGGGCACUACUGAUAAAGAUUUGAUUAGCAUGUGUCAACAGUAUGGAACGAUAAUCUCAACAAAAGCUAUUCUUGACAAAACAACAAACAAAUGCAAAGGAUAUGGGUUUGUUGAUUUUGAAUCACCGGCAUGUGCCGAAGGGGCCGUCAAAGGGCUCCAAGCAAAGGGCAUCCAAGCUCAGAUGGCCAAAGUGGGUAUCUGGGUGCUACAUAGGCCGGCCAUUCAACAAGAGCAAGAUCCAACAAAUCUGUACAUUGCUAAUCUACCACCAAAUUACAAAGAGACAGACUUGGAGAACUUACUGUCAAAGUAUGGACAAGUUGUUUCAACAAGGAUUCUACGUGAUCAGCAAGGUCAAUCCAAAGGCGUUGGCUUUGCACGAAUGGAUUCACGUGAAAAAUGUGAGUCGAUCAUACAAAUUUUCAACGGUACGCAACUUCAAGGUGCCAAAGAUCCACUUCUCGUAAAGUUCGCCGAUGGUGGCUCAAAGAAGAAAAAUGCAUACAAGAGCCCAGAUCCAAAUGCACGCACAUGGAGAGAUGUUACUGAGGGAAUUCCAGUGGCUUACGAUCCAGCUCUACCGCAGAAUGGUGUGAGUGUGAACGUGGGCACGACUAUUGGUGUGCCGUAUACGCGUUUCGGGACACCCCAAGUGAGUGGCUAUGCCCUUCCCGGUUCCCAGUGGGUUCCUGGCUACAUGAUGGCCCAGCCAAUGGCGCCAGUGGACGAUCAAUACAUGCAAAUGACGGCGGCCCCGCAUCUGGGUGUGAGUCCGGCCUACAAGCCCGAUGGUGUGACACAAGUGCAGCCCCGUGGGAUUUCUAUGGUGAUGAGCAGCGACGCAGCUGGCGUCCCCUAUGGCGCUAUGAUGCCCCAGCUGGCCACCCUCCAGAUUGGAUCUUCGUACAUUAAUCCGCCGUACCCAUACUAUCCACCAACAAUUAUACCCACAAUGCCAAUACCAGAUUCCGAACAAGCGAGUACUGCUGCAUCCCCAGAUGAAGCAUAUACUCAAUAUCCUCAUCCGGCUGCGCCUAAGUAGAUGAAGAAAAGCUUUUGCAUUCGAAUACCUCAAAUUUAACUCAUCCUUUUGAGAUGAUUAUAUAAUUUGAUGAUAAUUUUUGGGCACGACAAUUUCCUUGUUUUAGGACCACAGUUUGGACUGUGUUGAAAAAAAAAAGAGUUGUGUGGGAUUUAUUUAAAAAAAAAAAAAAGAAAAUGUUGAGAAAGAAGAAAAUACAUCCAAAAAAAUGGGAUAAAAAUCCAUCAUUGAAAGAGAAAAGAAUAAAAUAAAACAAAUUUGGGUUUUUUUUUAAAGAACAACCCUAAAACAUGAUUUUGGUCAAAUGCACUCAAAAAAUAAAAAAAUUUGCAAAAGAAUGAUUGUUAAGGAGAAUUUAAAACAUUCUAAUUGUUGCGUGUGUCUCCUUUUCCAAAUGGUGUUUUAUUUUUUUUUAUUAUAGGUUUUAGACAUAAGUGGAGGGAGUAUUUUUUUUAAACUUAAGGAAUUUGAGAGCAAAAUUGCGAUUUUUCUUAAAGACUUUUUUUUGCUCUUGUUUUCAUUUAAAAAAAAUUGGCAAUUAAUAAAAAAAUAUUAUUUGAUUUAAAUCACAAUGUUUGAAAACCAAAGGAAUUAGAGGGGAGAAAAAAAAAUACGGGGAAUAUUUAUGAAAAACAAGAGGAAAAACUUUAAGAAAUUUAGCGAUUUUUCACAGUUGGGAAUGCUUUGUGUGAUUAGAUUAAAUCUAGUUAAUUUAUUCAUUUUAGUCUUUUAUUUUUUUUUAAUUAAUAAAUAAAUAGUGAUUCAAUUGAAGACAUGGCGCUACUGUGGAAAAUAAUUCGCUCAAAAAAAAGAAGGAAAGUAAAACCCACAGAUUUUCCAUCCAAAAACGGAAGGAUUUAAAAUUGUAAAUAGUUUUUCUUUUAAUUUUUUUUUCUUUGUACUUUAGGGCAAAAUUUUCACCAUAUAAAGAAAAUAUUUAAUAGAAACAAGAAAAUAUUUUUCCAUAUUUUGUGGGAUUGUUUAAACAAACAAAAAUUGGGCCACGUGCAAUUUUAAACAGAAAUUCCUUUUAAAAAUUAUUUUUUUCAAAACUCAACUAUAGAAAACAAUGAAUCCCGAAUGUUUGAGGUUUUUCUUUCAAUUUUUUCUCACGUGUUACCACAACUUUUGUAGAAUAUAUUUAAAUAAUAUUAUUUUUAUUUUGCUAAACUGUACAGAAGAUCAGUGUUUUAGGGCGAGAAAAAAAGGAGAAAUAAUUCUGAAAUGAGACGAAAACAAAGAAAAGAAAGAAACAUGCGUGUAGGAAGACAAGGAAUUGGCCCAAAAGCGGAAUUUUAAUACAAUUUUUCUUUACUUUUGCAUUUUCCCUUAAAGUCCGUCAUAAUGAAGAUAUUUUAUAUGAUGAAAAAAAAAGAAGGAAAAACACAUACAUAUAUAAAUGAGAAUGCAAUUUUUGAAAAUAGUUUAAAACAUAACAAUUUAUUGUAGGCUUGUAAGGGUGCCAUAAAGUCUCGAUGUUUUUUUUAUUUUUGAAUAUUUUUUUAUGUGUUGUUGUUUAUGAUUGUUUUAUAUUUUCUCCAUUUUUUUUGUAAAAGGAUUUGUGAUUUUUUUUAUGUUAUUUAUAAAUAUUUAAAUUACAGAUAUAUUUAUUUUUUUCUCAUCACAAUCUCUUUUUACUUUUCUUUUCAAAUUGCAUUUUUUUGUUGACGGAAUGAAAGGGAUGUGUCUUUGGGGAGAAAAUUGUAUUUUUCCGAUUUUUGGAAUGAAUGAAAAUUUAAGGAAAAAAUUAAAACUUUUUUUGAGGAUUUAUAAUUGAUGAAAAACUUAUUAUAAAAAAUAGAAAUCAGCGCAAGACGUUUAUCAAGUGAGAAAAAAAGUCGGAAUAAACGCAAAAUGAGCAAAGAAAUGAAAAGAGAAAGAAUGGAAAAAUAACCAGAGAGAGAAAAUGCAAAAGAAUGAUAAACAAUCUAGUCUUGAACUUCACAUAACUGAGAAUUAAAAAAGAUAAAAGUGAAGAGGAAUUAAGGAAGAAAAGAAUAUAGGCACCCCACGAAAAUUUAUGAUUUUUUCCAUAUUUUACUAAAAAAAAUUAAUGAAGAAAAAAUCCAUUUAUAGACGAGAUUUUUUUUGUGACAACAAUUUAAAACGGAACUUUUUCGUAUUAAUGAACCGAAGUACGAAAAUGAAUUUUUGUGUUUUUAUUUUCUCGAUGAGAAAAGAAAAUAUUUAAAAGAUGAUGAAAAAAAAUAUUACUAAUAGUUUUUUCCCUCUUUUUUGAGAAAACAAUUUUAAACGUAAAACUAGGAAGAACAAAACAAAAAAAAAGAAUAUCGAUAGGAUAGAACAAAACAGUUCAAUAUAUUCUCCCUCAAAAAAACAUAUAAUGGAAAACUUUUUAAAUUGUCACGUAUAGGAAAAAAAAACUAUUACAAAAAGAAAGCUUCCAAGGAUUUAAGAAGAAGAAAAAAAUGAGAUAGUUAAAAGCAAAUUUUUAAUCAACUUUUGAAGGCAUUGUGCCUAUAAUAGGACAAGAAAAAAAACGAAUAUUUUGUAAAAGAAGAAAAAAACGACAAUUCAUAUAAACGUGAUGAAAAUCCAUGAGAGUUCUCUUAAUAAACAAAUAAAAUUUCCCAUUUUCACAAAAGAGAAAGAAAUGAAUUUUAAAGUAGGACAAAUAGUGGAUUUUUUGCACCACUUUAUCCAAUCCAAAAGCUUUUUUUCCAAAUUUUUAACUUUUUUAUUUAAAAAUAUAUUUCUUUUUCUAAUAAAAUCCAAAAAGAAAAUUAUGACAAUACGUUGAAGAAAUGGGCUUUUCAUUACACCUCAUCAAGGAUAUCUCAUGUGGAAAAAGUGCCUCUACUAAACUCUUCUCCGGGAACUUAAAAAAAAUAACAAUUUUGUAGUUCUUUUGGACUACCCACGAAAAGAAAAAGUUCCUCAGAAAGCACAGAAUAAAAAAUAAAUAAAUAAAUAAAUAAUGAGCUGUGAAGGAGUUUUUUCUCCGUGAGACAUUCCAUAGAAGAAGCUAGAUCUCUCUAUCUUAAAGGUUUUGAUUUGUUUAUGUUUUUAAUUUGAUAAACAUUUUAUCAAUAAUUGAGAAUUUUUGUUCUCAGGGGUGAGAAAAGACAUAUCUUCCAACAUAUUUUCAUAAUUUGUGUUCAAAAAUAUCACUUUACUCGGGAACUGAUUGAAAAUAAAGAAAACAAGAAGGAUAAAUCUGCCGGAGAAAUUUUUGGAGUUUUUAUAUUUUUUGCGGAAGAUUUUUAGGCCUUCUGGCUAAGCAAAGAAAGUUUUAAAAAAGUUCCAAAUUUAAUUCCUUAAGAUGAACAAGCAAAUUUUGAUUUUCUUAAGAUUAUUUUCGCUAAAAGAUCUAAGAAUUAAGAAAUCUAAGUGACACAGAUUCGCAGAUUUGAAGGAUAUUUUGUCCCUUAAACGUUGAAGAUUUCUUUUUUGAGUUCUAGCGGUUCUAGCUCAAUAAGAAUUUAAGUCCUUUAAACCACAGAAAUGAAAAACUUUCUUUCAAAUUCCUCUGGCGUGAUUUUUUCCUUCUGCAAACAUUCCAUUUUCCCUGUGAAUUUCAAUGCAAAAUAUAGAGAAAGAAAAUCUUUAAUCAGUCACGUUUUUUGGUCCUCAAGAAUAAAAAGAAAAUAAAUACAUGAAAAGAUAUUAUGUAGAAUAUUCUUAAUUUUAGAUUCAAAAAAAGAAAAAUAUAUACAACACAUUUUUGUAGAAUUGUGCCUUUUCACAAUUUGAAAAAAAAAGUUAUUGAGAUGACAAAAAAAGGAAAUUUAUUUUUAGGAGGGAUAUUUUACCAAAUAAACUCAAUUUCAACAUUUACAAUAUGCAAAAAAAAGUAAAGAGAAAAACUUUUCAAUUUUUUUGUGAAUAAAAAAGGAAAUUAAAGCUGAAUCAAUUUAUGGUCAUUUUCCGCAUUUUUUUUUGUCAAUAAAUUGGUCUUUUGAAUGUCUACUAAAUAAUUAAAUUUUACAUGAAAACACAUUUUACCACACAAAAGAGAAUUAAAAAAAAAAUGGCGAAAACAUUUUUUAAAUAAAAGAAGAAAUAUUAAAUACUGUAGCGAUGUGAAAAAAUGCGGUUUCAGACCUUCUUGGGGAAAACAGAAAAAAAUUUGAUUAUUUUAUCUGUUUGCAAGAAUAAUAAAUUUUUGGCACCUGAAAUAACUUUAUUUCCCUUUUAAUUUUUGUCUCACAAAGAGGUGCCAAAAAAGUAAAAGAAAAUUCAAAAAUAUUAACUGGAUAUACAUUCAAUUGGGCAUAGUAGGAAAAUUGCAUAAAAAUUUUUUAUUAAAGAGCAUUUUCAGUGAGAAAAGAAUAGGAGAAAAGCAGGAAAAUUUUUUAUAAUAGCUGUUUAUUACAGUGAAAGCAACAGGCGGAAUUAAAAAAAAUGAAUUAUCGCAAAAUAGAAGGGUUUAUUUGGGAAUUAAAAAGUGGAGAGAAAAUAAAGAAAUAUUUGUACAGUCACGAAACAUCGUAAGAAAAUGAAUAUGGGCAUCUCAAGAAAUUUAUACGAACUCUCAGAGAAUACAAAUGAAUUUGCAAAAUUUAUUUUUUUUUUUUUAAGAAAUUAAUUCAAUGGAAAAAAUUUCUUUCAAAAAUAUUUGUUUUUAUAUUUAAUUUUGUCAAAGUUGUGAAACUUUGAUAAAAUUAUUCAAAUAUAAUCAAAAUUAUAUAUUAUAGACGAUGAAUAAUUUUGAUUCAUUUUCAUAAUGGGGUCGAUUCUGUAAGAAAUCUUUUCUUUUCUUAGAACUUGAAAGGUUGUUUCAAGAUUUUGACAGUUGACGCCGUUAAUUCGUUCUAUUGUCGUUCUAUAAAAGGAGAACAAAGAUUUAUUGUUUUCAGAAAACAGACAGAAAGAUCUCUAGAGAUCCCUGGAAAAGAAUUUUCCUUUAAAAACACGAUUACUGAGAGAAAUAUUCUGUCAAAAUCUUCAAAAUUUUUCCCAGAAUACCAAAAGUCUUAAAACAGACUAAAGAUUUUUAACAGAAUCAACCUCAAUUUCUCAAAAGAAUUUUCAAAGUUUUUUCUCUAAUUUUGCAAUUUCCCUCACAAAUUUUCACUGUGAGAAUUUCCACAAAAACAGUGGUGGCAGUUUUUUUGAGAUAAAUAUUAUAUAAAAAAACGGAUAAGAAAUAAAAAAUCCAUAGAAUGAAAAUAUUGAGAAUAUUUUACAUAAAUUAGGAAAGCAAAACAGAGAGGAGAAAUUAGAACAGAAAAAUGUAAAACUGAUAAAAAAUAAAGACUAAAGAUAAAACAAAAAAAAGUAUAGAAUGAAAGUAAAAAAGGUUUAUUGAUAUUUUUUUCAAUUUUAUGAAAAAAAUGUUCCAAAGUUUUAACAUGAAAAUAAAUUUUAAAAAAAAUCUAACUAAAUAUUCAAAUAAAAAAAGGAUAUUGUGCGCAACUCUCGGAGAAUGAUGAUUUAAAGGAAAAAAAAGAGAGAAGGUUAAAAGAAAAGAGAACUAUUUGUAUUAACGUUAUUGCAGAAGGAAGGAAAGUGAGAGAAAUGCGAAGAGAAUGGUGAGUUAUACAAGACAAAAAAAUUAAAAGAGAGAAAUAGAUGGCGAAGUACGUUUAUUUGUAAUAAAAAAAACAAUCACGACUGAUAACAACAAGAAUUAAGAAAAAAUAUAUUAAAGAAAAAUAAGAUAAGACGAUGAAACAAAUGACAGGAGACAAUUAUCUUGAAGAAAAAAAAUAGUAGAAUGUGAAGAGAGUGAUGCAAAAAAACUGAUGAGGAAAUCGAAGAAAGAACCUCUUUCGUAGUGAAAAUAAAUUUAGAAAAUAAAAAAAAAGAAAAAUGCACUGUAAGUGAAGAAAAGAUAAAGUAGAAUUAAGUAAGUUUUAGUGCUGAUAGGAAAAAAAAAAUGGGAGAAGUAUUUCAACAAAAAUAAAAAAAAACGGAGUGCAGUGUGGAUUUUUAUUUUGAGAAUUUUGUAGUGAAGAUUUUUUGUUGGAUUGUCCCUUAAAUUAAAGGUAAAAAAAAAGUAAUUUAUUUAAAGAAAAACAAAUGAGGUUUGUUUUCUGAUACAAAACCCCAUUAAAAACAUUACCGAAAACCAUGAAAGAAAAGUUUUUUUUUGUAGCAAAGAAACUCAAAGAAAAAUCCACAAGUUGAGAAAAGAAAAAUUCUCUUAAAGAAAAAUCUAUACGUUUAAGAAGAAGAUGAAAAAAAAAAUAAGGAUAGUCAAAGGAGUUAGCAAAACACGCUAAAGAUGAAAAUAUAGUUUUUAAAAUGAUUAAAAAAUAAGUAAAGAAAACAAGAACGUUAGGAGUUUUAGAUUCUUUAGUAGAGAGAGAGAAUGGGGAUAGCGUACGAAGGUGAAGUAAAAAAAAAACUUCUUUUUAGGUAAUUUAAUAAGUUGAAUGAAGGAGAAAAGAGAAAAGCAUUAGAUUUAAGGAAUUCUAGAUGAAUAAGAGCCUUUUUUUCUUUUUUUUUUUGCGAUACUUUUAAGGGUCUUCUUCUUUCAUUUCUUCUGUGAGUCGUUGAAUUUAAGGUCUUUAAAAAAAAGAGGAAGAAGAGAAAAUAAUUUAUUUGUAAUGUGAGAAUGUGAAAAAAAAUCUGUGAGACACAUUCGCCGUUUGGGGUGCAAACUCUCAACAUUUCUCUUUCAUUUUAUUUAUUUAUUCAAGAGAAAAAGUCAAUAGGAUGGGGCAAUUGAACUGAGAGGGAAGAAUGAAAGAAAAUUAAAUUUUGGGAACGAUUUUGUGAAAAAUCUUUUAUUUUCUUACAACGUAAAAGUUGUUAAAAGAUUUUGACAAUUUGAUGAUUAAUUAUUUUUUAAAUAGAUUUUUUUAACCUUUGGAGGAUUUUGCUGGCCACCGUGGCCAAUUCAGCUACUUUUAAUCGUCAUAGAAUUAAAAUCUAUGUUUUAACAUUUCGUGAAAUAUUCUACAUGUUUGAAGAGAAGUUGAAAGAAAUCUCGUCGAAAGCUCGUCGAAAGAAAACUUGAAAAAAGAUUUUCUUAUUGACAGAAAAUAAGAUCAAAAUUUGAGGUUAGAAAUCUCGAUCCUCCAAGUGUUAAUGAUGUUUUCCAAGGAUUUUUUUAGAUUAGGAUUUUUGAGGAAUUUUCUAAACAGUCAAAGAAGUUUUCUGUUACAAUUAUUCGUCUUUUAGCAACUCAGAGCUCUAAUUCUUACUCUUUAAGUAUUCAGUUUGCUCAAUAAAAUGUAAAUUGUGGAUGUUUUUUGCGAGAAAAAUGAGAAAAUGGAUGAAAAUAAGAACUAAAAACGAAUAAAAUUGACCGUUACAGCAAUUUUUGAAUUACCACUUCUAACAUUUUUGUUAAUAACUUUUGUUCUUGUGGUCGUAUCUACAUGAAUUUUUUACAGAAUCUCCUCAGAUAACAAAGAAACUUAAUUCCACAAGAUUCAUUCUAUUACUUCUCAGAAUUAUGGCGGUGCGAGGGUUAAAAAACACAAUUAAAAGAAGAAACAAACUGUCAAAAUUUUCAAAGAUUUUUCAUAGAAUACUAAAAAUCUUACGACUAACGAAUUAUAAGAAAAAAAGAGAUUUUCAUCAGAAUUGUUCCCUUUAAAGGGCUUUUGAAUCUCUUUCAUAGAGGCUCCCAUUAAGAUAUUCUUUUGAUAAAUUUAAAGAAAAUAAAUUUCAGUUCAAUCACUUCCCCCUGUGAGGAAUUUUACAAUAUAAAUGUUUUGUUUUUCUCUAUAAAGAGGGAAUUUAAUUUCAGUGGGAGUUUGUACUUCUUCCCCAGGUGUUUGUGCGCGGGCUUCCACACCUUGUUUAUCACUCCAAAUCUUUUCAAUUUCUCCCUGAAUUGAAUAAAUUCCCCACAAAUAAAAAAAAUAUAUAAAUUCUGCGGAUGAUGAAGAAGCCCAUAGUUUAUCAAGUCAUUUUCUUAUAGGAAUAAAAGAAAGAAGAAAAAAAAGUAGUUUUUAAAAUUUAAGGAAGAGAGAAACUAAAGAGAUCCUUUUUUCCAUUAAAUGUUUUUUUUUGUUUCUCGGGAUUUUUUUUAAGUUUUAUUUUUUGCCUUCCGUUUCAUCUCUCCUUAGAAUUAAGUGAAAAAAAAAGAUGAAAAGAAGAAAAAUCUACCGCCUAGUCUGAUAAGAAAUGAAAGAGAAGAAAAAACUGAUGAGAGAAAUGAGAGAAAGAAAAGAAGAAUAUAGAUGAAAAAAAACGUAAAGUUAAGUGAAGAAAAAAUGCAAAAAAAAACACUGAUUUCAGUGAAUAAAAAAAAACUUAUAGAAAGAGAAGAUAAAAAAAGAAGAAAUUGAUGAUUAGUUCGUAGAGAGCAAAGUUAGUUGAUAAAAUGAAAAGAAAAAAAAACAUGCUGUAGUUUUAUAAAUUUAGACAUUAGUUGAGACUUAGGAAUGUAGAUUUUAUUACUAAUUAAAUUUACCAUUAAAUGAAACAUGAAAAGAGAGGAUGUGGCAGUUUUGCGAGAAGCUGAAUGCACUACUAGAAUUUUUAUUGCUACACCCACACACACAGUGAAGAAAAAAAAAGGAUAAGAUUUUCUUUUCCAUUUUUUUCAGUGGAAAUUGAUGAAAAAUCCUAACAAAAAAAGUUAAAAAAUAAAAAUUCGCAGUAGUGUUAAAUUAUUUUUUCUAUCGUAAGAUGAAAGAUGAAAAAAAAAUGAUGAAGAAAAAAGCUCAGAAGUUAAGAGAUUUUUAGCAUUAGAUUUUAAGGGAAGAUGGGAGCGUGCGAGGAAAAAAAAUGUUGCGAGAUACUUUGAGUAUAUACAUAGGCGUUCUUGAUGUAAGAGAGAUGAAAACGACACAAAACACGCUUGUAAAAAAAAAGAAGAAACAAGAGUUAAUCUCUCUUAUGGAUGAGAUGAGCAAGAACAACUUUUUAAAUUAGCUAUGUAAUUAGUUAGGUUUAAAAUUUAAAUUGAAUUUUAGUCAUUCUAAAAAAAAAGAGAAAAACUGAGAGGAAGAAAAUAAAGUAAUUGAAGGAAAAAAAAAAAACAACAAA